AUGAAUCCAAAAGACAUUGAUAGCGAGAAGGCCGAACAGCAGUCCGAGCCUGAGAAACCGCCUAGAGACAUCUCGGUUACGGCCUUUUCGUUGUGUUUUUCCAUCUUCCUCUACUCGCUGGACACCACUGUUGUCGCCGCCUCGAUCGUCACCGACUUUGACGCUCUCAGCAACCUCGCGUGGAUCAACGUCGGUUUUCUUCUGGGCGGCACGGCCUUCACCAUGAUCUGGGGCCAGGUCUACGGCCAAUUCAACUCAAAAUGGGUCUACCUUUCCAAUGUGCUGCUCUUCGAGGCCGGCUCAGCCCUUUGUGGCGCUGCCCCUAACAUGAAUGCCCACAUUGUCGGCCGCGUCAUCUGCGGUAUUGGUGGCUCGGGUCUUUACAGCGGCGUCUUCACGUUAAUUGCUCAGACGACAACUAUGGCCGAGCGCCCCCUCUACAUCUCCUGGACAGGGCUGACCUGGGGCAUCGGUAUCGUCCUCGGCCCUGUCGUGGGCGGAGCCUUCAAUCAGUCCUAUCUGGGCUGGCGGUGGGCCUUCUACAUCAAUCUCUUUAUCGGCGCCCUCUGUGCUCCAGUGUGGUUUCUCCUGCUACCUAGCAAGGACCCCCGGCCAGGCAUUCCGACUCGGGUGAAGCUCCGCGAACUCGACUAUGCAGGCAUGGUCCUUCUGGUGGGCAGCCUCAUCUGCCUCACUUUUGCCAUCAACUUUGGCGGCGUGACCUACCCCUGGAACUCAGGGACCACCAUCGGGCUGCUAGUCACCUUUGCCGUCCUCCUCGCGCUCCUCGCCAUCCAGCAGAUUCGCACUAUCCUCGUCACCCUCCCGCGACGAUUAGUCCCCGUCCAGCUCGCCCGCCAACCGAUCAUGCUGGUCCUCUUCAUCUGUACCUCCGCGUCCUCUGCCGUCUUCAUCCCAAUCUUCUUCGUCCCUUUACUCUUCCAGCUGACCCGUGGCGACACCGGUCUCGACGCUGGCGUCCGCCUGCUCCCCUUGAUCAUCACCCUCGUCUUCGCCAUUGCCGUCAACGGCGCCCUGAUGGCCCGCUUCGGGUACUACAUGCCGUGGUACCUCGGCGGGGGCAUCCUCUGCGUCGUCGGCGGCGCGCUCAUGUACACGAGCACCAGCAGCACGGGCAUUGGCACCACCUCGGACAACACCACGACCACCCCUGCAGCCGCGAUCUACGGAUACACCGUGCUCAUCGGGCUGGGCGUUGGGUCCUGGAUCCAGGCGUCGUUCAGCGUCGCGCAGGCCAAAGCUGAGCCGGCGAACGUGCCCGCCGCGAUCGGGCUCAUGACGCUCGCGCAGUUCCUGGGCAUCACGACGGGGAUGGCGAUUGCGAGCUCGGUGUUUCUGAAUCUGGCGCAGCAGAAGGUGGUAGAUAUUCUGGGAGGAGGAGGAGGAGGAGGAGAAGGCGGCGUGUCGAGGCAUGAGGUCGAGGUGGCGAUCAUGUUUGCAGGCAGUAGCAGCGGUGGCGGGCUAGCAGGCCAGACGGAGGAGGUGAGGAAGAUGGUUGUCGGGGCUAUUGUCCAGUCUAUCGGGUCGACUUAUGUGCUUGUCGUCACCGCUGGGGCGAUGGUUGCGGUGUUGAGCUUGUUCAUGAAGCGCGAGAGGUUGUUCAUCUCGGCUACCGCGGGAGGUGGUUAGACUUUCCGAUGAAGAGACGAACACAUCCAAAAAUUGAGGAGAAAGGCGAAACCAUUCCUAGGGCUUGGUUUGAGUCAUAAGGAGGAAUGGGGUAGCGGAACAUUACAGUCGAGGCUAGGAUCACAGUUCGAGACGGUGAGGAAGACUUUCUUGUCUGACCUCCCAACGGCCCCAUGAUUCCCACGGCUGGUAUUUCGAUGAUCUUUCCUGAAACGACAAGCCGCUGCACGAUUUCCGAUACCCGAAACCCUUCUC